AUGCCCAAGAUUGUCCAAGCUUUUCCGUUUCUGCUUGAGGAUGGAUUACAGAAGAACAAAUCCAAAACCGGGUUUGGUGCUGUGAAAAGGAAGUCUGAAGAGGGGGUGAUAUCUGAGACUGUGACCUUACUCAUUAGUUCAGUAACUAAAUUUCUCAUUGACCUGGUUGGAAAUGGAGUCUUCGUGAUCAGGAAUUUUAGAGGAUGGACCAGAAAAGCCAAGGAGUCCUCAUAUAACCUCCUUAUCCCAGGCCUGGUUUCUUGCUUUCUCUUGCAGUGGUUGCUGAUGUUGGGUUGAUCCUGCUAUUGUUUUGAGGGCAACCAUGAGCUUUGCCUUCUCAGUGUACUGUGGACUCUGGUAAGUCAGAUCAGCCUAUGUCGUCUCAGUGUCGUCUACUGUAGCAAAAUCAUGACCUUCAAACGCCCUGUCUACUUGUGAUUGAAGCAGGAAUUCUAUAGCUUGAGUCUCUGGUGCCUACCGGGGCACUCUGUAAUGACUUUUCUGCUUACAGUACCAAUGCCUGGUGGAACCGCAGCAUUCCAUUCUCUAUUUCACCUCACCACAGGAAGAUGGUUGCCUUUCAGUUUAUUUCUUGUUUCUUCUGUGAUGCUGGUUGUCUGUGGACACAACAGGAAGAUGAAUGUCCAUAUGACUGGGUGGAGAGAUGUUCGGGAACAGGCCCACAUCACUGCCCUGAAGCCCUUGGUCUAUUUUCCUGUCCUUCACCUGGUUUAUAAAGCGGCUAUCCCCUUCUUUGUCUCUUCCAAGUAUUCUUCCACUGAUCUUCCCAGGGUCAUAGUCACUGACACAUUCAUAGCCGUUUACCAUUCUCUCCACUCUAUCCAGCAGAGCAUGUGGAUCCCCAGGGUGAACGCUUUCAGAGAAGCUUGUGGAAGACAGUGUGUGUUAAGAGAACUUGGGACCCAGAAACUGGAAGGAGAUGGGAAGAUUAAGGAACUGAGGCUCCGACAGGGACAGUGCUUGUCGAAGUUUUCACAGAGAGCCUGUGUCAGUGCUGGAGUCCUUACUGUUCCCUGA